GCAAAGUUCUCCAAAUUCCAAGUAUUUAAUCACUUUGCCUUCUUAAGUUUGCCGAAAGAUGGCUCGUAUCACAAAAUUCAUCAUGCUUCUUUCGUUCCUCGCUCUUGUUCCCCUGUGUUUUUCGGCCAAGACCCCUGGCGGGUACCUCUAUCCUCAGUUUUAUGACCACUCGUGCCCGAAGGCCCAGGAGAUCGUUAAGAUGGUCGUGGCUAAGGCCGUGGCCAAAGAAGCUCGCAUGGCUGCUUCCCUGCUCAGGCUGCAUUUCCAUGACUGUUUUGUCAAGGGAUGUGAUGCAUCGCUGCUGCUGGAUAGCACCGGGAGCAUCGUGAGUGAGAAGAGGUCGAACCCCAACAGGAACUCAGCUCGAGGGUUCGAGGUGCUCGAUGAGAUAAAGUCCGCGCUCGAGAAGGAGUGCCCCCACACGGUUUCAUGUGCAGACAUCCUUGCUCUUGCUGCUAGAGACUCCACUGUCCUUACUGGCGGACCAUACUGGGAGGUGCCUUUGGGAAGGAGGGAUUCAAGAGGAGCAAGCUUGAGCGGGUCCAACAACAACAUUCCUGCCCCAAACAACACCUUCCAAACUAUCCUCACCAAGUUCAAGCUACAAGGGCUAGAUAUCGUUGAUCUCGUUGCUCUGUCGGGGAGCCACACUAUUGGAAACGCGAGGUGCACGAGCUUCAGGCAGAGGCUGUACAACCAGACUGGAAACGGGAAGCCAGACUUCACCUUGGACCAGUCCUAUGCUGCCCAGUUGCGAGGCCGCUGCCCAAGGUCGGGGGGAGACCAGAACCUCUUCUUCCUGGACUUUGUUAGCCCGGUCCAUUUCGACAACAGCUACUUCAAGAACCUGCUGGCCUACAAGGGUCUGCUGAGUUCGGACCAGAUCUUGGUGACCCAAAACCAGGCCUCGAUGGAGCUCGUGAAGAAGUACGCUGAGAACAACGAGCUCUUCUUCGAGCAUUUUGCCAAGUCGAUGGUGAAGAUGGGGAAUAUUUCUCCACUCACGGGGUCGAGGGGAGAGAUCAGGAAGCACUGCAGGAAGAUGAAUUCCUACUAGGAUGCAUGAUUGAUUAUGAAAUUAUUCGACAUUGUUGCCCGUCGUUAACUGUGUUAUGUUGUCGUGCGACCUUUUUGUUCCGUUGAAUCGAGAAUCACCUAUGAAUAACGAUUGCCAUCUGAGCGAUCAUUUGUAAGAUUUAUGUAAGAUUUAUGAUAAGUUCGAGUUUAUAUCUGGUA